CGGUACUUUGGGUGCAGACAAACAUGGCCGCAUGAUUGUCUGAAAUUUUCUUUAAUGUUUGCCAAAUGAAUUAAGGUUUAAGAACAAAUUAUACAUAGCCAAUUUUCCAUAAGUCAUCAAACUAAAUUACUCUCCAAAUUUACAAAGUAACAAUCAAGAUGCAACACAACAUGAACUCAUAUCCACUUCAACAUAAUCAAGGCAUGCCACAACCAAUGCCACAAAGACAACAACAAAACAUUAUAAUUUCAGGAAGUCAAAGAAACAAAGGGGGCAUGAUGGGACCUGGAAUGACACAACAGACACCAACCAUUCUACAGCAUAACCCAGGACUGAACCAGCCAACUAUCCUCCAACAGAACCCUGCUGCUCAGUAUCCUACAUCACUUCCUCCCACAUCUGUCAUGCCUCCUUAUCAGACAACACAACACAAUACAGUUCCACAGAAACCUACUCCCCCUCCAGUUUCACAGCCUAACCAGAAUGGGAUCAUCCAUCUGAAAGGUGGUGCUGCUGUUGCUGCACAGAAUGGAACAACCCUACCUAGUGGUGAGCAGCAACAGCAGAACCAGGAGGAAGAAGAGGGAAAGGAGGACAUACAGACAGAAACAUCAGAGACAGAAUCAUUGGCAAACACAAAAGAGAAAACCCCGAUGUGUCUCAUCAAUGAAUUGGCCCGUUAUAACAAGAUCUCCCACCAGUACACCCUGGAUGAUGAACAAGGACCAGCUCAUAAGAAGACCUUCUAUGUAACACUCAAACUAGGAGACAAUGAAACCUAUGCAGAAAAUGGACCCAGCAUUAAAAAGGCCCAGCAUUCAGCUGCUGCUGUGGCCUUAGAAAAGACCUCUUAUACUCACCCUCCACCCAAACCACCUAAAAAUAGAACUACUCAUGAACCUGGUACUAUUACUCCAACAGUUGAGCUGAAUGCCUUGGCAAUGAAGCGUGGAGAGCAGACCUUCUAUAAACCACUUGACACUAGAUAUCCUCACUAUCCACAACAGAAUUACAACUAUAGAGGAGUGUAUAAUCAUAGAUAUCAUUAUCCCAGAAUGCCAAGAGUUUUCUAUGUUUCAUUGAAAUGUGGCCAGCGUGAGUUUAUAGGGGAAGGACAUAAUAGACAGGAAGCAAGGAAUGACGCUGCCACCAAAGCUCUCAACAUUCUGAAGAAACUACCGGUUCCUAACGAUGAUCCAAAGAAAUCUGAUACACAAACACCUGAGAAACAGGAACCUAGUGAGAAAGACCUACUGAAGUCUGAGAUAAGUCUUGUUCAUGAAAUAGCUCUGAGGAGAAAUCUUAAUGUCAUCUUUGAUGUCAUAAGGGAAUCUGGACCACCACACAUGAAAAGUUUUGUAACAAAAUGUCGAGUUGGAGAAUUCGAAACAGAAGCUGAGGGAAACAGUAAAAAAGUAUCGAAAAAGAAAGCUGCCGAACUAAUGCUGGACAAACUGAAGGAGUUAUCUCCCUUACCUCCGAUGGCACAGCGACCAAAGAACAAACAAAAUCAGAACAAGAAGAAAUCGAAAAACAUAAUCAAGGUUCAAAAUCAAAUGCAGAAGACAGAUCCUAAUUAUGGAGUAGGGAUUAACCCCAUCAGUAGACUGAUUCAGAUUCAACAGGCAGAACAGAAAAAGGAACCAGUCUUCACAUUAAUCACAGAGAGAAGUCUUCUUAGGAGAAGGGAAUUUGUUAUGCAGGUACAAAUAGAGGACAAGACCUGUACUGGUGUGGGACCCAAUAAAAAGUUAGCCAAGCGACAUGCAGCCGAACAGAUGCUCACGUUGCUUGGUUACAACAAGCCAUCGCCACAACCGACCAAACCUGCCAUCAAAACAGCUACAACACCUGAGCAAACAACAGGAUCAGCAGAAAAGAAAGUUACCUUCCAAGAAAAGCCAGAGCCUGCCACUCCAGUAAGCAGCACUGGUCCAGGAGAAAUAGCUAACGGUAAAAGUGGACGACAGUUAAUGCCAGGACUUUUGCUACUGAGAGAUUCUAAUUAUACGUCCGGAACUCAAAAUAUGUAUCAAGCUCAACCACCAAUGACAGAACCUUUAGUAUUUGGUGCAGGACACAUGAGACCAGAAUUACAACUGAGAGAUAUUGCUACUAAAAGUAAACUAGAAAUUAAAUUUGAUGAAUUUGCAGGCAAGAACACAGAGAUUUUAUGUCGAGUGACUUUGCUUACAAAUCCUCAUCAGAUGUUCCACGGUACAGGCCCAAACUCAGAUUAUGCUAAAGAUGCUGCAGCAUUGGAGGCUCUCAAAUUCUUGGCUGAGCUUGGCAGGGAAGAAAUAAAAAUGACAGGAGACGGGUAAGACAUACAGUCAAAACCCACAUAUGAAGACCAGUGAUCAACUUACCAACUCAACACUCGGUGGUGCCCCUGGUCGGGUUGGCCCGAUGUAGACACAUUGAUGACCUUUGACCUACCCAAUUUGAAGAAUAACAAUGCUAAUUUUAAUCUUCACAAUUUGUUCAAGAUUGAUGUUUUACUGCUUUAUUAUAGACUUUGAAAAAUGACUGCAAAUUAUGAUUGUUGAUUUACUGGUAACUGUUAGUGGAAUUUUACAUGUUGGAACCAGUUGUUGCAUAAGAGAGCAUUUUCCUUUUUUUUUCUCUUUGUAAAUUUUUAUCAUACCAUUUACAGCCCUAGCAUUUAUGUGCAAAAACUGGUCCCUAACGUUCUCUAUUUUCUACUGUUUUAAGUCAAUGGAGAUAACUCUUUACAUCAGUCAUGUGUUUGUAGUAGGCAGUUUCGACAAUGGUAUUUUAAGCAUUUGUGUGAUACAGAAUAAGAAUAAUCUGUGUUACAUAGAAGCUUAAAAUAUAUGUAUGAUAAUAGAUGCUACAAACUUAAAAGAGAUUUUAAAGAGUUGUGCCCCUUAUAAACCUAGGUCUACCUUCUUAGAUAUUAAUUUAAUUUGUUGACAAAGAUGGCCAACAUUAUGAUCAAUAGUUCUCCCUGUCGUUAAUGAGUUUAGAUUUUUUAACGAUCUCAGAUUACAGGGAAGGUAUUUAUUGGUUUAGAUCUUAAUAAAUUGAACAGAAAAUCAAAUAUUUUGGGUAACUCUUGAAAUUGUUGUGAUGAAUAUUUUCUUCAAAGUUUGGGUGGGAACUCUGUAAUGAAUACAUGUGAAGACAACAAUGUUUUAUGUAACUAGGCAACAAGUCCAAUAACUCUUGUAGUUUAAAUGUCCUUCUAUGGGUUGUUAUAAAUUGAAAAUAUUUUGGAAAUUGUAAUUUUUAUUCGGAAAGGUCUUUCUUGAUGAAGUCCAUUUUUAUUAGAAGUGGAUUUUUUUUGGGAAGUUCAUUUCAUUAAAAAUAUGUUUCUGAAAUUUAAGGAAUACACUUUUGAUUCUUUGUAGAAUGUAAAUGUACAAAUUCAUGUAUAAUAUAGGAAAAUAUUGUUAUAGUUAAAACACACUGAUUUAUUUUGUUUGCAAUAUAUUCGAUGUGUUUGUCAACAGGUAUUAAAUAGAAAAGGGAACAUGAAAUAACAUGUGUAUAUAUGGACUUUCUCAAAACUGUAUUCCAGCCGUAAAAGGGCUUUAGUACUCCUUUUGUAAGUCAUUUUAGAAAGUGAACUGUGAAUAGUUAUGGGAAGUUAAAAAAAAAACCAAGCACUUUGAAAUUUUUUUUUUGUAACUUUCAUGUGUUCAUUGGAUAAAGACGAACUAUAAAUUAAUGAACUCUUAAAAAAGAAAAUAUAAUUUUACAGAAAAAGUCAAAAUGAAUGCAGCAAAAAGUAUAAAAUGUAGAGAAAAGAAUUUUUAUAUUGUAACAUUUAAUGAAUUGAAGGAUGAAUUUGUAACAUAUUCCAGAAAGUUUUUUGUAUUUUUUGCUCUUGACUAUAGCAUUCUUAGUACAUUUGUAUCAAAAUAAUAAGUAUUCAUGUCUUUGUGAUUUUUUUUCUUUACAUCAACUUUGAAAUGUUGUCUUCAUGUAUAAUCAUAAUAUAUCUUUUUAGUAUAAACUGUAUGGCAUAUAGGAGACGUCUUCAAAUUAACAAUUAUGGCUGUUCUAUACAAACACACAUGGGACCCAGGGAAGGCACUUCAAAAUCAUACAUGGGACCCAGGGAAGGCACUUUAAAAUCUUUAACUAUGGAUGAGCUUUUUUGUACAGUGAAAGUGUAGAACAAAUUCUAAAUUUUUCCUCUAUAUAUGGUUACUCCAUUUUCAAAGUGCCUUCUCUAGGUAACAUGUUUGUUUUGAUAGAACUGCCCUUACAGUUUUUUGCUGAGGUGACAUUUUCAAAUCAGCAAAAACCAAAAUUAUGGCAUCGUGUCAUUACAAUCAUAAAUUGAAAUUUAACUUUUUUUUUAGAAUUGUAAAAUAUUUGUGAAGAUGCAAGUUAUUCCACUUUUAUAUUUGAAUAUUCCUAGUAACAUAACACCUAAGGGAGUUAACACUUUAUCUCUAGUUUAAAAAUCCUGAAUAUUUUACUGUUCAAAAAUGUUAAUUAUUGACCUGAUUGUUUUAUAAUUUGAAGAAUGUCUCCAUGGAAAUUGUCAGUUAUUUUGUUGCAUUUUUCUGAGGAAAUCCAACCAUGUCAAAAUUACAAUUAAUUUAUUAGUCAAAUGAUCUCUUGGAAUAAGUUUGUAUGAAUUAACUUUAUAUUGGAAUGUUUUAUACACUUGAAAAUUACCAAAAGCAUUAGUGACUUACAGCACCUUCUUACACAUAUUCCUAUUUAUAGAAAUCAUGUGAUCUUUGGUAUUUCCUUGUCACAUGACCACUAUUCCUAUUUUAAGAAAUCAUGUGAUGUUAGGUAUUUCCUUGUCACAUGACCACUAUUCCUAUUUUAAGAAAUCAUUUGAUCUUAGGUAUUUCCUUGUCACAUGACCACAAUUCCUAUUUUAAGAAAUCAUGUGAUCUUAGGUAUUUCCUUAUCACAUGACCACUUGUUGAUGUAUGUUAGUUAUCAUUGUGCUAAUUUAAAUCAUUUGAGAAGGAAAUAAUCAUACAUUACAAACCAACUUAUUCACCAGUUCUUGUUCCUGUUUAAGUAAAGAUUGUAUGACAUACAAGUGGCCGUCAAUUAUAUAGUUUGUUAAAGAGUUACCACCCUUGUCAAUCAUACGAUAUUUAUUUUAAACAGGGGCAAGUCACAUGACUUCUGCACGUACGCGUGUAUUGAUAUGUUAAAUUACGGCUGUGAAAAAUUUUGACGUCAAAUUAUAUUCUUUUGUUGAAAAGUUGGUUUGUUAAUUGGAUAGAUUGGGGGUAGGGGAAACGUGGUUUGAUUUUCUCAUUAAGUGGGUUUUUGUAUUGUAACUUUAUUAUUUGUAUUUCUUAAACUUGCGAGGAAGAACCCACUGCUAAUAAUCUUAUUUGUGAAAAUGAAAAAAAAUUAUAAAAAAAACAUAAAAAAGUGAAA